UGGGGUGAUGCUACGGCACUGGGAAGGGUCCGGGAGAGCCGCGGGGCGCGGCGGCAGCGGGGAGCGGUCCGCCCGUUCGGGGCCGUCCUGUUGGCUGUGCCCGCGCCUCCGCUGAAGGGAGCGCCGCUUCCUCCUUCCCCUCCCUGGCCGAGGCCGGCCCCAUGGCUCGGGGCGCUGGGCCUGCCGCCGCCCGGCCGCGCCGCGCUCUCUAACGGAGCGGCCGCCGCCCCCGCCGACGGAGGCUGCUGCUUGAGGGUCUCGUCCUGGCAUCCAAAGGAAAAGCCAAAAAUGAGCCUCGCCCCCAGCUGGGCUGCUUGCUUCUGAAGCUUAGGAAGGAAGGGGACUACAGAGGGGCCGUCCUGGCGUUUCAUGUUUCGUCAGUCCGACAGCAUUUUGGCCUUGAUUCCGUCUUGCUUCUACCUGUUCCUGGACAGUGGCGGGGAGGCUAAAAGGCACCGUCCCACCAUGUCUCGUUACAGUCUCCAUAACCUCCUGGACUGGAUGUAUGGGGGUGUGGACCCCAGCUUUGCUGGCAACGGAGGGCCGGAAUGUGCGGCCUUUCUCUCUGGGCAGCAGCGCCUUCUGGAGAGUUUGGUCUUCCUCAGCGUGGGCAUCGUAGAGAUCCUUCUGUCCCUGUGGAAGCUCAGGCAGCUGCAUUUCAGGGAGCCGGAGGGCCAUCUGCUGCAGCAGCCCCAGACUAAGCAGGAGAGCUUGGGCAAAAACCUGCUGCUGGUGCUACUUUGUCUCAUCUUUGGGCUAGAAUUGGGAUUCAAGUUUGCCACCAGAACUGUUAUUUACCUCCUGAAUCCCUGUCACGUGGUCACUAUGAUGCAGAUUUUUCUUCUUGCCUGUCCUCCGUGUCGGGUUGCAAUGAUUCUCUUCAGGUUGCAGAUGCAUAUGCUGAAUGGGGCCCUCUUGGCAUUGCUGUUUCCUGUAGUAAAUACACGCCUGCUUCCAUUUGAAAUGGAAAUAUAUUAUAUUCAGCAUGUGAUGCUUUACAUUGUGCCCAUCUAUCUGCUGCGGAAAGGAGGUAUCUACACUCCAGAACCACUCUGCAAUUUCUGGUGGGCUCUUUUAUCCACGGGGUUUAUGUUUGUGUAUCAUUUUAGCAUCUUGCAGAUUCUGGGACUGGUUACGGAGGUGAAUUUGAACAACAUGUUGUGUCCAGCCGUCUCAGAUCCUUUUUAUGGGCGUUGGUAUCGAAUCUGGGCAUCUGGACAUCAGACUGUCAUGACCAUGGCUCAUGGGAAGCUUGUAAUCCUACUGUUUUACAGUGCUGUCCCCAUCUUUAAAUGUAGUGUGGAUUUGCUUAGGCUCCCAGCUAAGAAAAUAGACUGAAAUUUCUCCCCAGGGACUAGUACAUACAGGAAGCAGAGAUACUCAUACUGGAAAACAAAGAGAAGGGAUGAAAGAACAGGGCGUUUAUACUUCUCCCCACAGUUUAUUGCCUCAGAAACACCUCUCUAAUCAAGCGAGGGUUUUAUUUUUGUUUUUUGUUUUUUUAACUGCUGUUUCUCACUGCCUAUUGCCAAUGGCAAAAUUAGUGGCCUUAUUCUGGAAAAGGCUUGUGUUUUAUACAUUUCAUGUAGAUUACAGUAGGAUCUUGCUAAGCCACCAUUUAAAAUUAGGCCAGGAUCUGUCCAGGUUUCAGCAGAGUGGCAGUGCUACCUCAUUUUGACUUAUUUUCCAUUAAAUGUAAGUACAUUUAUAUCACAGGCUAGGAAAUAAAGCUGAAUUACUACACACCACUGACAGGAACAGAACACAUCUUGAAUUGCAUUGUCCUGGCUUAACUCUUAGCCCUUGAAUGUUGCAAAAUGGUCCUAGUGAAAAGACAUACACGUAAUUUCCCAGAUGUAAAUGCAAAACAGUGAGGCUCUACUGUAUUUUCUUUAAGCUGGUUGAAAAUAUUGGGGAACAACAAUUCAUAAAUGUUUUGGUGGUGUUUUUUUGUUUGUUUUUUUUGUUUGGUUGGUUGGUUUGGUUUGGUUGUUUUUUUUUAAAUUGACUACUUAGUUUCUGCUGUGGAUUAGUAUCUACCUGCAUAAGUCCCAUUAGAUCUUGAUGCUUUUUGGAGAUGCUUUUAUUGGAGUGAGUGGAAAAACACCCCGUUGAAAUAAUUUCUAAAGCCCAUAUCAGUGUAAGCUAUGAUAAAAUUUUUCAUCCACUGUUCUGACCUGACUUUGAACAAAAUGUUUUUUUUCACUUAGCUUAGACUGGAGAGGGAGUGGAGAUACAACAUCCAAUGUAAACAUCAGUUUUCUUUUUUUACUUAAUAGGUUUUGAAACAUUCCUCUUCUGUGUUCUACACUGAUUCUCA